CUACUCGACCGCGCUCCGCGCUAUAGUUCUCCGGCGCUCCGCCUGCCGCUGGCGACGGGCCCCGCGAUCCCAAAUAUCAGCCUGUCAGAUCUGCAGCCUCCCCUCUCCAAUUCCGCCGCUUCAGUCUUUCUUCUUCCUGUUCCAUUUCAGAGCCCUGGAUCCCGAAUAAGAUCCCUGUGUAGCAGGCAGGGGAGAAGAAGAUGGACCAUCACCUCCCGCCGCAGCUUCUGCAGCAGCAGUACGGUGACCCUUACCAGGCGAUGGUGAUGUCACCGCAGCCCGACCAUCUACACGCCCUCCAAUACCAGCAGCAGCCGCCGCCGCCGCCGCAGCAGCAGCAGCAGCAAGCAACGCCGCCGCCACCGCAGCAGCAGCAGCACUCCUCGCUUGCGUCCCACUUCCACCUCCUCCACUCAGUGACAAGAUUAGGUGAUGCAAUUGGAACAGGCACACGGGAUCAAGCUUUUGAUGCGUUGGUUGAAGAAUUGACCAGUCAAUUUGCCAGGUGCCAACAGUUGUUAAACGUCAUAUCAGGAACACUAAGCUCAAGAUCUAUUACGGUUGAAGGACAAGGUCAAAGUUUGGAAGAAACGCAGCAACUGCUUGAUCAAAGGAAGGAUUUGAUCACAAAAUACAGAAUCUCAGUGGAAGACCUCAUAAAGGGGGAUACAACAAGAUAG